AUUUAUAGAAGAAAACACUUUUUAUCCUUUAAUUUGCAUGCUCUUAUGCAGCUCAAGUCAAUCUUCAGAGGUAGUUGGAACUGCAAUUUGAAGAUAAUAUAGUACACAAAUAAUCUAGGAUGUUGGUUCCAAUUCUUAGCAGUUUAGCUCUCACACAGAGAAGAGGCAUGAUGCAGAUUUUUUCAGAAAGUUUUCAAAACUUUGUGGAUAAUUGGAACCUUCGUUUAAUGGUUGUGUUCAGCCUCAACAUCCAAUUCAUUCUCAUACUGUUUGGAACUAAGAGAAAGUUCUGGACAUGCAUCUGGCUCAGAAUCAUACUAUGGUCUGCCUACUUGUUUGCAGAUUGGUUAGCAACAACCUCACUUGGUGUUCUUUCAAAUAAAGAAGGUGAAAACAAAGGUGAUUCUGUUGAACCAAAACAUGUCAUUAUUGCUUUGUGGGGUCCACUUCUUCUCCUUCACCUUGGUGGCCAAGAUACUAUUACUGCUUACUCAAUGGAAGACAAUGCACUUUGGAGUAGGCGUUUGGUUACUUAUGUUGGACAGGUUGCGGUUGCAAUUUUAAUCUUUCUCCGAUCAUGGACAAAUACUGGUCUUAACAUUCUGGCAAUACCAAUAUUCAUUGCUAGUUUUAUCAAAAUUUGUGAGAGAAUUUUGGUUUUGUGGCGUGCAAGUAGCCAACACUUCAAGGAGUCUUUGUUUCCUGAUCCUGAUCCAGGUCCUAAUUAUGCAAGAUACAUGGAAGGAUACAAUUCAGCUUCUCAUGAAGGGUAUGGAGUUGAUGUAGAAUGCCUAAUUCAAUCUCCAUCAACUGCUGCUGCUGCUGCUGUUGAUCAUACUCAUGCACCUUCACAAGGAAACAUCAUCCCAUUGCCACAAACUGAUCAUGACACAUAUGGUCCUGCAGUAACCGUAAGAAAUGCACGCAGAUUCUUGAAGAUUUCUAAGCUUCUGUUUGCAGAUCUCAUCUUGAAUUUUCAAGAUGUUUCAGAAAGCAGAUCUUCUUUACUUCUUGGAAAUGGAAAGGGAGGGUUUGAAAUGAUGGAAAUUGAACUUGGUUUUAUGUUUGAUUUGUUCUACACAAAGGCUUCUAUUGUUUAUUCUUUCUUUGGUUGUUUUCUACGUUUUGUUACUCUAUCUUGUAGUAUUAUUGUGUUUUGUGUUUUCUUUUUCAUGGAGAAGAAUCAAUAUCCAAGAGUUGAUGUGUUGAUCACAAAUGUGUUGCUUCUUGGAGCUAUCGUCCUUGAGAUAUUUUCAGUAAUUUUGAUGUUGUUUUCUGACUGGACAAUGCUGUGGUUGACGACACUGCAAAGGAAUAAGGUGACUAGUAAGGUCAUUUCAUUAAUUCAAUCUGUGAAAUGUAACAAAAGAUGGUCAUGCAGUAUUGGUCAAUUCAACCUCAUGAGCUUUUGCUUAUUGAAAGCUAGAAAAAAAAGACACGGCAAACUUGGCAAGCUUUUAAGGCACAAAUUUGGUUUGAAUUGGGGGAAAACAUUCAAAAAGAAAGCAGAAAAGUGUUGUGUUGUUCAAGUGAUUACAGAUGUUUGGCUAUCCUAUCAGAAGUACAAGCACACAAUUACAAACACCGUCACAGUCGAAGGCGAUCUAAAGGAAAUAAUCUUUGAACACUUUGUGAGUAAAAUAAAUGUGGCGAUAAACAAGCGAAAAGAUGAGUUUGCAAAACAUAUCACAAGAAUUUGUGACGAUAGGGGCAACAAAGCUUUGGAAGAAUUAAAACAACAGAUUAAGGAUAAGGAGAAGGCAAAAAAAAAGAUAGAGACAAUACGGAGGAGUACCGUGGAGGUAGAAUUUGAUCAAAGCAUUCUGUUAUGGCAUGUUGCAACAAAUGUAUGUGAUAAUUCUGUAUAAGGUGAAGAAGUUUUGGAAAAUGGGA